CAGUCCUCCUCCCCCUCUCCCUCCCUCUACUUGCAAGACAACAUCGAACAUGUUCGCAGCCUCUCUCUCCUUGAGACCAACCAUUCUCAUCGCCUUUACCGUCGGCUUUGUGCUGCUGUCGCUGCCCGUCGAUGCAAAGACCCGCCACACGGACCUAAACGGCCAUAAUAUCCGGAUUGCCAGGUGCCAGACCGGUGGAGAUGUCAUUUACCAGGACACCACGGGACACCUAAAAGGCUUCGAAACGUUUACAUGCUCAGACGUCGGUGGCCAAAAGUGCACCUGCGAUCACCGUCUGACCGCCGCCCAAUGCGUGGUGAACUUCGUCAUCGAAUGCAAGGGUAUCAAUGGCGACAUGAACAUGGAAAAGUUGACUUAUCAGCAGCUCAAUUCGCUCCCCGAGUAUGAGAACGAUCCUACCAAGAAUCCCAACAUCAAUAUUCCCUCGAUCCCGACCAUAACGGUCAAAAACCCCAAGCAGGACCCAAAUCCGCUCCAAAAUUAUCCGCAAUGGCCGCAGCAGCCACAAUGGCAACAGAACUAUAACCCGACGUAUGGCUACAAUAACAACGGCUUCAACAACUAUAACAACGGCUUUAACAACUAUAAUAACGGCUUUAACAACUACAACCCGUACCCGUACCAGACGUACCCCUUCAACAACAAUCCCUACAACAACGAGCACUUUGGAAACCAGUUCCAAAAGCGCGAUGGCCAGUAUGGCCCGUCCUUCGACCAAUACCUCAGCAGCCGCAGCAGCCAUGCGCCCUUGGAGCGACGCCGCCGCAGCAGCAACGAUGGUCCGAAGCGCCUAGACGGUAACGAGAGCGCCGAUUCCGCUGCAGCAGAGACGCGCAGCGUUGACGACGAAGCGGCCAAGGAGCCCAACAAGGAAGACUCUACGCCCUAGCACGAGCUCGUCUUCAGUGCCAGCCGCUCUUCCCCUCCUUUCUACAUUCACUUCGGCCUUUCACUAGACUCGCCUCAAUUCUUCCAGCCCAGUCCUUCACUUAGGACCUCCCCAGUCUGUCGCUCAGAUCCCUGCCAGUCGUUCUAAUCUCUACUCCAGUCCUUACCUCUCCAGUCCUUACCUAGAAUCGAUUCAGUCCCUACCUAGAAUCGGCCCAGUCCUUGUCCCUUAGACACACCCACUUCCUUCCACAACCGAGAAAUUUAAACGCAUGUACCGCACACACUACAUUCGUUCGAAUGCGACGCACUACCUCUUCAGACGCUUGCCAUUCGUGGCCUGGCCGAG